AAAGGAAACCAAGUUAGGGGAAGCCCCUCAUGAGUGACACAGUCCUCCAUGGGCUUCUGAAUUAUUUUAAUCUACUUCUGGCUCCUUCUUCACAGAGAACCAGGAUUAACUUGAUUUCUCAAACCACCUCUCGCUCAGUUUUAAGGGAGUUUCUGCAUCUGUCAUCUUACCCAUUGCUCUGGGCACACUUGAAGGGAAGAUCUGGACCUGCAUCAGAUCAUGAUUUUGCAGGACAGAAACGUAAUGAAUACUCAGUUCAGAAGUCAUUCUGUACCUCAGCAAUUACCAUCUAUAUGGAGCAGCCUUGACCAUGGAAGCAAUGCUUCAGUUGAGUAUGCUAGAAGCUCGUGGCAUCACACUCAUCCACAGCUAUGGACCAAGUACCAAGUGUGGGAGUGGCUCCAACACACAUUGGACAUCAAUCAGUUGGACGCUAACUGUGUUUGCUUUCAAGAUUUUGAUGUUACUGGAGAACAUCUGUGUUCCCUUACUGUUGAUCAUUUCAACCAAGCAACUGGACCUUUGGGUCCACUUCUCUUCGACAAUCUUAGGAGCUUAAAGUGGAGCAGCAAGUACUUACCCCCAAAUGGACAGCCAUUGAUGACAGAGCAGAGAGGUUCCUUUUCAAAUGACAUGCUGUUCCCAGUCAAUGCCACAGUUAAAUCACAAGCAAUCGAUCUGUCAACUGUCAACAAUGCAUGGAAAGAAGACGAGUAUUUAUUUGAAAAUGGUACUGAUGGUAGAGAGCUGGGAAGAACAGAGAUUGCAGUCAAGCCUGACCAUGAGGAUGCUCCAGAUUCUCAAGAUAAGGAAAAGUGCGUCCAGUCCCAGAGAUCAAAUGGGAAAAAACACACACCUCGAGGGACGCACCUGUGGGAGUUUAUUCGGGACAUCCUCCUGGAUUCAGACAAGAACCCUGGACUGCUAAAGUGGGAGGACAGAUCAGAAGGGGUUUUCCGUUUCCUCAAGUCAGAAGCUGUGGCUCAACUCUGGGGGAAGAAAAAAAACAACAACAGGAUGACCUACGAGAAGCUGAGCCGUGCCAUGAGAUAUUAUUAUAAACGGGAGAUCCUGGAGAGAGUGGACGGCCGCAGGUUGGUCUAUAAAUUUGGAAAGAAUGCUUGUGGUUGGAAGAAUUAUGACCAAUAAUAUGAACCAUUGGAGAACACUGAAGAAAUAAUUUCUAUCUCAUCAAAGAGAUGGCAAAAUGGUCAUUGUUAUUUAUAUGUUUGGAAAAAUCAAACAGUGAGAAAAAUGGUCACUAACCCUUUCCAUUUGUCCAUCAUCUGCCACCCAGCAUCUUGUUUCUCAGAAAUUGCCAAAAGCCUCAAAAUCCCAGUUAAUAGAAAUCCAAAAAAAGCAAUGUUCACAGGGCAGUGCUCAAUGCUGGGCACAUGUUGUACAGAACAACCAUGUACCCGGCCAUGUAGGAAGAAGUAAUGGGCAAAUUAAAAACUAAAGCAACAAUUUUAUCAUCAGGCAAGAAAGUCUAUCAUUUCAUUUAUGUUAACACCAUGUAACAAUAACAAUUUUUAUCUAAAUACCGCAUUUAAGGUAGUAAAAUGCCCUAAGGUGCUUCACAAUAGCAUACUCAAACAAAAUUUGAACCCAAAUCACAUAAGGAGAUGUUAGAACAGGUGACCAAAAGCUUGUCAAAGUGGUAGAUUUUAAGGAGUGCCUUGUGAGUAGAGAGGUAGGAAGGUUUCGGAAAUAAAUUGCAGAGCUCGGAGCCGAGUUAGUUGAAGGUACAGCCAUGAGUGAUGGGGUGAAGGAAGUUAAGAUGCCCAAGAGGCCAGAAUGGAGAAACCAUUGAGCCUCUUCCUUCUGUCAGGUGGACAGGGUAACAUAUGGCGUCGACGACAAAAUGCAAUUCUUGCUCUUGGUGAUUUCCCAUCUCACGUAUCUACUGAAUAUCCAAUGCAGAACUGCAACAAUUGCUGUUGGGCCACUUAAUUCAGUCUCUAAAGGUCUCACAUAACUGUACAUUGGGAACAGAGAGAUCAUCCUAGUAAUUUAAGGCUAAAAAUCCAAUGGUUGAAUUUUUAUGUUUUGGAAAUGGCAAACAAUGGAAUUUCACUAUUGUGAAAGAUUCCAUUAUCUUGUGACAAAUGCAAAUGUUAAUGAUCUUUUAAUUAAGAAGAUUCCUUAUAAAUACAUAAAAUUUCUGCAAUGAAAAUCAUCUUUUAUAUAUUUGUAAAAUAAUUUAAUUUGUAUUGUAUUGUGUUGGUUUGGGCUCUCACUUGGCUGUAUAUUCUUUGAACAAUGUGGAGAAUAAAGAAUAAUGU